CGCCGAGGCUCCCAGCCCCAGUCCGGCCGAUACGGCAGGGCGGCGAGGGCCUCCCGGGAACAGAGCCCCGCCGCCCCCGGCUCGGACGGCCUCCCCCGACGGGGUCUGGCCCGGGAGGAGCGGGGCCGCCCGGCCCUGAACCGGUCCCCAGUGAGCCAUCAGCUGGGCCACCGGAUCGAUGGUCCCGCCUGUGCACCGGUACAACGAGCCCUGCUGGCGCUCACCAUCCCGCUGGAGACACUGCAGGAGGUGAAGGGCCGCAUGCUCCAGGCCAUGCGCAAGGGGCUGAGCCGCCAGACGCAUGCACAGGCCAACGUGCGGAUGCUGCCCACCUACAUCUGCUCCACGCCCGAUGGCACCGAGAAGGGCGACAUACUGGUGGUGGAGCUGUGCCAGAGCCACGUCCGGACCCUGCGGGUGACCCUCCUGGGCGACGGGAACCAGAGCCCACAAGUGACAUACAAGAUCUUCGACAUGCCAGGGGACAUAAUACAGGGCAAGGGGGAAGCGCUCUUUGACUUCAUUGCGCAAUGCGUGCGGCAAUUCCUGGCUGGCAUCAGCAGCCCCCAGCAUCGCCUCCCCUUGGGCUUCGUCUUCCCCUUCAGCUGCAGACAGACGCAGCUGGACAAGGCUGAACUCAUCUCCUGGUCCAAGGGCUUCAGCUGCAGUGACGUGGAGGGGAAGGACGUUGUGCAGUUGCUGCAGUUGGCCAUCAACAAGCAGGAGCUCCACCAUGUGGAUGUCGUUGCCCUGAUGAAUGACACUGUGGGCACCAUGAUGACCUGCAGCAUGAGGGGGGAACCCUGUGAGGUCGCCUUGAUCGUGGGUGAGCAGCGGGCACCCCGUGUGCCUGGGGAGGGUGCUGCGGUGGGGGGGCUGUGCCAGUGCUCACCCCUAUCACUCUGUGCAGGCACGGGCACCAACAGCUGCUUCAUGGCCGAGGCACAGCAGGUGGAGAUGGCGGAGGAGAUCAGUGGGAAGAUGUGUGUCAACACCGAGUGGGGCUGCUUUGGGGAUGAUGGCACCCUGAGUGACAUCCUGACUCCCUACGACCAGCAUGUGGACCAGGAAUCCUCCAACCCCGGGGAGAAGAGGUUUGAGAAGCUGGUGGGCAGCCUGUACCUGGGGGAGAUUGUCCGGCACGUGCUGACCGCCCUGGUCGCUGAGAAAGUACUCUUCACUGGGAGCAGUGUUGCCAUCCUGAGGACCAAGGAUGUGCUCAAGACCCAGCAGGUCCUGGAGAUCAUCGACAAAGAGGAAGGCAUGGCCAAGGCAAGGAGGGCUCUGGAGGCUCUGGGGCUGCAGCCGAGCGAGCAGGAUUGCUGCCGGGUGCAGCAGAUCUGCCGGGCGGUGGUGAGCCGCGCUGCCGCGCUCUGCGCUGCCGGGCUGGCUGCCAUCCUCAGCCACAUGUGCCAGAGCCGGGAGCUGGAGCGGCUGGUGGUCAACGUGGGGGUGGAUGGCGAAUUGUACCGGGGCUACACCAGGUUUGGGGAGAUCCUGCAGAGUGUGACAGGGCUGCUGGCCCCCGAGUGCACGGCCACACUCCUGCCCUCGGUGGAUGGGACCGGGCAGGGGGCGGCCGUGGUGACAGCAGUGGCUUUGCGCCUGGCAGCCCAGCGCCGCGAAGUGGACCAACUGCUGGCCCCGUUGCGGCUCAGCCGCGCCGACCUGGAGCGUGUCCAGGCGCUGAUGAGGCGGGAGAUGGAGCUGGGGCUGGGCUUGGAGAGCCAUGCCAGCGCCUCUGUCCGCAUGCUGCCCACCUACGUCCGUGGCACGCCUGAUGGCACCGAGCGAGGUGAAUUCCUGGCAUUGGACCUGGGGGGAACCAAUUUCCGCGUGCUGGUGGUACGCGUGGCGCAGGACGGCAUCCGCAUGGCCAGUGAGAUCUAUGUCAUCCCGACCGCUGUCACGCAGGGCACUGGCGAGGAGCUCUUCAACCACAUCAUCGAGUGCAUCAUGGACUUUCAGCUGAAACAGAACCUGAUGGAGCAGGUCCUGCCGCUCGGCUUCACCUUCUCCUUCCCCUGCCAGCAGCUGGGCCUGGAUAAGGCAGUACUGCUGAGCUGGACCAAAGGCUUCAGCGCCUCGGGCUGUGUGGGGCAGGACGUGGUCCAGCUGCUGCGGGAGGCUGCCCAGCGCAAACAGCACUUAGGGCUGAAGGUGGUGGCUGUGGUCAAUGACACGGUGGGAACCAUGAUGUCCUGUGGCUAUGAUGACCCCAAAUGUGAAAUUGGCCUCAUCGUGGGGACGGGAACCAAUGCCUGCUACAUGGAGGAGAUGCGGAAUGUCGGCACCGUGGAGGGGGAGCAGGGCCGCAUGUGCAUCAACAUGGAAUGGGGGGCCUUUGGGGACAACGGCUGCCUGGAUGACAUCUUCACUGACUUUGACCGGCUGGUGGAUGAGAAAACAAUCAAUGCGGGCAAGCAGAGGUUCGAGAAGCUCAUCAGCGGCAUGUACCUGGGUGAGAUCGUGCGCCACAUCCUGCUGGCACUGGUGGAGAAACAGCUCCUGUUCCGUGGCAAGCCCUGCCCCAAGCUCCAGACCAGGGACAUCUUCCAGACCAAGUUCCUCUCCACCAUCGAGAUCGAUGGGCUGGCCCUGCGGCAGGUACGGGCCAUCCUGCAGGACCUGGAGCUCCAGGCUAGCUUUGAGGACAGCCUGCUGGUGCAGAAGGUGUGCCAGACCGUGUCCCUGCGGGCGGCUCAGCUCUGCGCCGCCGGCCUGGCCGCCGUGGUGGAGAAGAUGCGGGAGAACCGGGGCUCGGCCCAGCUGGCUGUCACAGUGGGAGUGGACGGCACCUUGUACAAGAUGCACCCGCGCUUCUCCCAGCACCUCCAGCAGAUGCUGCGGGACCUGGCACCCAACUGCACCGUCACCUUCCUGCAGUCAGAGGAUGGCUCGGGGAAAGGGGCUGCACUCGUGGCGGCUGUGGCCUGCCGCAGGGCCGAGCCCUGAGGACGGCCACCACUGCCACCACCGUCACCCCAAUAAAGGGCUUUGCUCCGCA